CCCUACUCCCAAUUCAAUAGAAUCAGACUCAUCUUGUCAUAUCUUCUAAAAGUUAUUAUAUUUUUGAGUUGCUAAAUUAUUUUUAUUUAUAUUUUGAUUUAUUUAAUAUUAUUUAGUACAUAGUCAAGUGCUCGUUAAACGGAUACCUGAAAGUCGAGGAACAGAGUAAGGAGACCAUAGGCCUCGGCCUUUGGCCAUUAAACAUUGAAACAACUGUAAAUACUGAAAAAAAAAUUACUUAAAGCUCUGCCAUACCCAAAUUAAGAUAUUUCAUAAUAUUAUAUAUAUAUAUAUAUUUUUUUUCAUUAUAACGAUGUCUCAGUGGAAUAACCCUUUCUCUUACAACCAAUAUCCAAAUACUCCAAAUACUUGGAACGGCACUUAUAACAACCAAUAUCAACCUUAUUAUCCAAACCCAAAUCAAAGUAGACAAUAUGACCCUACUAACCAAUACGUUAGUUUUGAUGAGUUUUUAUCCCAAAUGCAAAUUUCCAAUACUCCUCCUGCCAAUGCUGCUAACUACAAUAAUAUGCAAUAUCAAAAUUAUCAAAGUGCUCAAUAUAACAAUGUUCCCAAUUAUCAAAAUGGGUCAACACCGCAAUGCUCUCAAGCAGAGUAUUCGUACGGAUCGAACACUGCCAAUUUUCCUAAUAAUGAAGAAUCUUAUCAAUCUAAUGUACAUAAUCAAUAUAAUCAACUGAGUUCAGACCAAAAUAAUUAUACAAAUGAGAUGGUCUUUAAAUCUAAGCUAACACCAACUGCUACUGAAUUCGUACCUAAAAGUUCUAAAUCAAAAUCUCCUGUUAUCCCCCACGAUGAACCCCCAGAAGGAUCAGAUUCAUCAGUAAAUACAUCAGGCAAAUCUUCUACCAAUUAUUCUAAGCCAUCCAGUUCAACUAACUGGAGAGAAAAGCCGCAUAGUUCACAGGGUAGUAGUUCAACUAGUAAUGAUACAAGUCAGAUGCAAAGAUCCUCUUUUAAAUGUCAAGAGCCAAAUAGAAAAAAUAAAGAUGAGUCCAAACCACAUAAUCAAGACAGUUAUAAUGACUACUCUGAGUCACUAGACCAAAACACUACUAAAAACAAUAAAGAUUCCUCAAACCGUCCCAAUGAAGUGAAUAAUAGGAACCGCAAUCGUGCUAAAAACCGAUCCUCUACCAAUAAUCAAACCCAGGAAUCUAGCUACCGCAAUCAAGACUAUAAUAACCAAGACUCUAGUAGUCGUAGAUCUUACAAUCGAAACAGUGAUUUAAAUAGCUUUAAUCAUGACACAAAUUCUUGUAAUGGUGAAACAAGCAAUCAUUUGCACAACGAAGGGGGCCAAUCGAAAUACAACUCUAAGGCUAAAAACAGAGAGUCUGAUGCAGGUCGAACUUUUUACAACAGUCAUAUAUCCAAAGAAAGUCAAGAUGUUAGAAAUGGAAGGAACGACGGAACUAGAAAUAGGAAAUGGGCUGGCAGUCAAAGAUUAAGAGCAGCAGAACGAAACAUUACAGAAGAUGAACAUUACGCUAACUCAUAUUUGAAUUAUAGGGAUGAGAAAGCAAAAGAUAAUGUGCAAAGUCCAAUGAGGGGAAAAAAUAAACCUCAAUCAAAUGUAGGAGAAAAUACUGAAAUGACUCAACGAGAACGCCUUAGUGAACAACUUGAUAAGGGAACUCUUGAAUGCCUCGUGUGUUGUGAAAGAGUGAAGCAAACUGACUCUGUGUGGUACUGCAGCAACUGUUACCAUGUGUUGCAUCUGCGCUGUAUACGAAAGUGGGCUAUAAGCAGUAUGGUCGAAGGGAAAUGGCGUUGUCCAGCUUGUCAGAACACCAGUCAAGAUAUACCAACUGAGUACAGAUGCAUGUGUGGGGCAAUAAGGAAUCCAGAGUAUCAGAGGGGGUCGACCGGCGCCCACACUUGUGGCAAAGCUUGCAAGAGACUAAGGAGCUGUCCGCACCCAUGCACAUUGUUAUGUCAUCCUGGCCCUUGUCCACCCUGCCAAGCCACUGUUAUGAAGCAAUGCGGUUGUGGAACAGAAACCCGCUCAGUUAUGUGCAGCAGCAAGCUGGAGCAAGUCUGCGGGCGGCAGUGCAGUCGUAAGCUCGAGUGUGGAGUACACUCUUGCACAAAAGAUUGCCACGAAGGUCCCUGCGGUCCUUGCAAGGAAGUCGUCACACAAGUGUGCUACUGCCCAGCGGCCCGGUCGCGUUCAGUGGCGUGCACGGCGGAGUCAGGGACGGCAGAGAGGUGGUCGUGUGCGGCGGAGUGCGGGCGCGUGCUGGCGUGCGGCGCGCACGUGUGCCGCGCGCCGUGCCACGCGCCGCCCUGCGCGCCCUGCCCGCUGCGCCCCGACAACGUGCCCGCCUGCCCCUGCGGGAACACCAGAAUAAGCAAAGAUCAACGUAAAACAUGCACAGACCCAAUACCUCUCUGUGGCAACAUUUGCGCCAAGCCACUGCCUUGUGGUCCGCCCGGAGACAAGCAUUUUUGCAAAGAGAAUUGUCAUGAAGGAGCGUGUCGCGUGUGCCCGGACACGACGCUGUUGCAGUGCCGCUGCGGACACUCCAGCCGUGAAGUGCCGUGCGCGGACCUGCCCGACAUGCUGAACAACGUACUGUGUCAAAGGAAGUGUAACAAGAAGCUGUCGUGCGGGCGGCACCGCUGCCGCACGGCGUGCUGCGCCGCGCAGUCGCACCGCUGCGCCGUGGUGUGCGGCCGCACGCUGUCGUGCCAGCUGCACCGCUGCGAGGAGUUCUGCCACACCGGCCACUGCGCGCCCUGCCCCACUGUCAGUUUCUCGGAGCUGCGCUGCGCGUGCGGCGCGGAGGUGCUGCUGCCGCCCGUGCGCUGCGGCAGCCGCCCGCCCGCCUGCGCCGCGCCCUGCCGCCGCGCGCGCGCCUGCGGCCACGAGCCGCACCACGCCUGCCACCCCGGGGACUGCCCGCCCUGCGUCGUGCUCACCACCAAGAGGUGCUACGGCGACCACGAGGAACGUAAAACUAUCCCUUGUUCGCAAGAGGAGUUUUCGUGCGGUCUUCCCUGCGGCAAGCCUCUACCUUGCGGCAAACACACUUGUAUAAAAACAUGCCACAAGGGACCCUGCGAUGCUGGCAAAUGCACGCAGCCGUGCACGGAGAAGCGCCCGAGCUGCGGGCACCCGUGCGCGGCGCCGUGCCAUAGCGGCAGCGGUGGGGCGUGCCCCAGUGGGGCCCCGUGCCGCCGCCCCGUCGUGGCCACGUGCCCUUGCGGUCGCCGCAGUGCUGAGCGCACCUGCGCGGACAAUGCGAGGGACUAUGCCAAAAUGAUGAGCACAUUGGCCGCGUCUAAGAUCCAGGAAGGUGGUUCAGUCGAUUUAUCUGAAGUACAGCGUCCUGGAGCUAUGCUUAAAACGCUGGAGUGCGACGAAGAGUGCUAUGUGGAAGCUCGCAGCCGGCGGCUGGCACUGGCGCUGCAGCUGCGCAACCCCGACGUGUCGGCCAAGCUGGCGCCGCGCUACAGCGAGCACGUGCGCGCCACGGCCGCGCGCGAGCCCGCCUUCGCGCAGCACGUGCACGACCGCCUCACCGACCUCGUGCAGCUCGCCAAGAAGUCUAAGCAGAAGACCCGUGCCCACUCGUUCCCAUCGAUGAACCGACAGAAGCGUCAGUUUAUUCACGAAAUGUGCGAACAUUUUGGCUGUGAGAGCGUCGCGUAUGACGCUGAACCGAACAGGAACGUUGUGGCUACAGCCGAUAAAGAGAAGUCGUGGCUGCCGGCCAUGAGCGUGCUGGAGGUGCUGGCGCGCGAGGCGGGCAAGCGGCGCGUGCCGGGGCCCGUGCUGCGCGCGCCCGCCGCGCCCGCGCCCGCGCCGCGCGCCGCGCCGCCCGCGCCUCCCGCCAAAUCAUCGGGUGGCUGGGCGACGCUAACAUCAACAAAUGCGUGGGCAGCCCGCAGCCAGCCCAAACAGGCGCCCAAGAUCGACUACUUCGACAACCCACCCGAUAACUGAACAGCGAACUACGACUGUUGACAACUGAAUUUAGAUGUAUUAGCUCAAUUCAGACCAGAUGAGUGCACAUACGUUCACUUAAGGGUACUGUGGAGUGUAUUAGUUUGUCUCUGUUAAUCUGUCAUUACUGGCCUUUUCUGUUAAUGAGAGUAUGAUUCGGCACGCAAAGGAGAUAUAAUUCUACCGCAAUAUCUCAUAAGAAAUACAGGUUUCUUGUGAUGUUUCUAA